GGGGGGGACGCGAGAGGGCGGCAGCGGCGGCGGCAGCGGCGGGAGCGCGCCCGUUGCAAGAUGGCGGCGGCCAUGCUGGGCCUUGGGGCUGUGUGUGCGCAGCGGGCGGCGGCUCGGCCCGGACGGCUGGCGCGGCAACGGCGUUAGCCCGGCCCUCGGCCCCUCUUCGCGGCCGCUCCCUCCGCCUAUUCCCGCCUUGCCCGAGAUGGAUCUGCCCGUGGGCCCCGGUGCGGCGGGGCCCAGCAACGUCCCGGCCUUCCUGACCAAGCUGUGGACCCUCGUGAGCGACCCGGACACCGACGCGCUCAUCUGCUGGAGCCCGAGUGGGAACAGCUUCCAUGUGUUCGACCAGGGCCAGUUUGCCAAGGAGGUGCUGCCCAAGUAUUUCAAGCACAACAACAUGGCCAGCUUCGUGCGGCAGCUCAACAUGUAUGGUUUCCGGAAAGUGGUCCACAUCGAGCAGGGUGGCCUGGUCAAGCCAGAGAGAGACGACACGGAGUUCCAGCACCCGUGCUUCCUGCGCGGCCAGGAGCAGCUCCUUGAGAACAUCAAGAGGAAAGUGACCAGUGUGUCCACCCUGAAGAGUGAAGACAUAAAGAUCCGUCAGGACAGUGUCACCAAGCUGCUGACGGACGUGCAGCUGAUGAAGGGGAAGCAGGAGUGCAUGGACUCCAAGCUCCUGGCCAUGAAGCAUGAGAAUGAGGCUCUGUGGCGGGAGGUGGCCAGCCUUCGGCAGAAGCAUGCCCAGCAACAGAAAGUCGUCAACAAGCUCAUUCAGUUCCUGAUCUCACUGGUGCAGUCAAACCGGAUCCUGGGGGUGAAGAGAAAGAUCCCCCUGAUGCUGAACGACAGUGGCUCAGCACAUUCCAUGCCCAAGUACGGCCGGCAGUUCUCCCUGGAGCACGUCCACGGCUCGGGCCCCUACUCGGCCCCCUCCCCGGCCUACAGUAGCUCCAGCCUCUACGCCCCCGAUUCUGUGGCCAACUUCGGACCCAUCAUCUCCGACAUCACCGAGCUGGCUCCUGCCAGCCCCGUGGCCUCCCCCGGCGGGAGCAUAGACGAGAGGCCCCUGUCUAGCAGCCCCCUGGUGCGUGUCAAGGAGGAGCCCCCCAGCCCGCCUCAGAGCCCCCGGGUAGAGGAGGCGAGUCCCGGGCGCCCAUCUUCCGUGGACACCCUCUUGUCCCCGACCGCCCUCAUUGACUCCAUCCUGCGGGAGAGUGAACCUACCCCCGCCUCCGCCACAGCCCUCACGGAUGCCAGGGGCCACACGGACACCGAGGGCCGGCCUCCCUCACCCCCGCCCACCUCCACCCCUGAAAAGUGCCUCAGCGUAGCCUGCCUGGACAAUUUGGCUCGCACUCCACAGAUGUCUGGGGUCGCCCGCCUCUUCCCCUGCCCCUCUUCCUCUCCGCAUGGCCGAGUCCAGCCAGGGAAUGAGCUCAGUGAUCACUUGGAUGCUAUGGACUCCAACCUGGACAACCUGCAGACCAUGCUGAGCAGCCACGGCUUCAGCGUGGACACCAGCGCCCUGCUGGACCUGUUCAGCCCCUCGGUGACCGUGCCCGACAUGAGCCUGCCUGACCUUGACAGCAGCCUGGCUAGUGUGCGUAGGCGGGCGGGGGGUGAGGGGGAACAAGACCAGCAGGAGCGCUCACGAUACCAUCUCCACCCCACAGAUCCAAGAGCUCCUGUCUCCCCAGGAGCCCUCCAGGCCUCCCGAGGCGGAGAACAGCAGCCCGGAUUCAGCUGGUGCACUACACAGCACAGCCACUGUUCCUGCUCGACCCCGGCUCCGUGGACACCGGGAGCAGCGACUUGCCGGUGCUGUUUGAGCUGGGGGAGGGCUCCUACUUCUCCGAAGGGGACGGCUUCGCAGAGGACCCCACCAUCUCCCUGCUGACAGGCUCAGAGCCUCCCAAAGCCAAGGACCCCACUGUCUCCUAGAUGCCCCGGAGGAGCUGGGCCAGCCGUGGCCUGCCCACCCCCACCCCCAGUGCAGGGCGGGCCUUGGGGAGGAGAGGCAGCCUCGAGGUCCUGGGCACUGGUGGGUUGGCCACCACAGCCCCAGUAGGACAAACAGGGGCUCAGGUCUGGGCAGCACCUCUGGUCAGGAGGGUCACCCCGGCCUCCCAGUCUGCCUUCCCCCAACCCCGUGUCCUGUGGUUUGGUUGGGGCUUCGUAGCCACACCUGGACUGACCCUGCAGGUUGUUCAUAAUCAGAAUUGUAUUUUGGAUUUUUACACAACUGUCCCAUUCCCUGUUCCAUAGAGAUAUACAGAUAUAUACACACAGGUGGAUGGACGGACGGACGGACAAGACAGGCAGAGAUCUAUAAACAGACAGGCUCUAU